CGCCGCGGCUGCAGCCUGCAGCCUCUCUCAGUCUCAGACAGACCCUCGUGCGCCGCGCACCGCGCAUUCGCACGGCCCGGACGGUUCGGCUCAGACGGUGUGCCCGACACGCUGGCCCUGCGCGCAAAGACAUAGUGUGAGUGUUGUGUGUUAGCCCGAUGUGUCUAGCUAUGGACGAGGGCGGUCGGGUGCUGCUCGGAUACCGCAUUGGCACGACGGACAGCCACGGGCCCUACCACCACCACCACCACCAGCCCCUGGACUUGCGGGGCCCCGCCGCCAUGAGCCCCAUCAUCGGCCACCACCUGGGCGAUCACCUCGGCGACCACCUGGGAGAUCACCUGGGUGACCACCUGGGUGACCACCUGGGCGAUCACCUGGGCUCCGGCGAUUCGGCGGGCGAAGAGGAGUCGGACAUCAACGUGGACUCGGACGACGGGCGCGAGGACGCGUCCCUGUCGGACCACCAGCAGCGCGCGGGCAGCCCCGGCAGCCCCCGCAGCCCGCGCAGCCCCCACAGCCCCCGCAGCCCCAAGGAGGGCGACGAGGAGGCUGCCGGGUCACCGCCGCCGUCGCCGUCCUCCCACGCCUCGCACGACCUGGACUCGGGCGGCAAGAAGUCUUCGUCCGCGCUCGUGAAACCGCCUUACUCGUACAUCGCGCUCAUCACCAUGUCCAUCUUGCAGUCGCCGCACAAGAAGCUCACGCUGAGCGGCAUCUGCGAGUUCAUCAUGUCGCGGUUCCCCUACUACCGAGACAAGUUCCCCGCCUGGCAGAACUCGAUCCGCCACAACCUGUCGCUCAACGACUGCUUCAUCAAGAUUCCCCGCGAGCCGGGCAACCCGGGCAAGGGCAACUACUGGACGCUGGACCCCAUGGCGGAGGACAUGUUCGACAACGGCAGCUUCCUGCGUCGCCGGAAGCGCUACAAGCGGCAGCCGCCCGACUUCCACCAUCACCACCACCAGCACGCCGCGGCCAUGGCGGCCUUCCUGGACCCGUUCCACCCGCACCACCACCCCGCGCUGGGCCGGCCGCCCGCGGGGCACCCGCCCUACCCCUACCUGUCGCCGCUGCCGCCGUCCGGGCUGGGCGCGGGGCUCCCCGGCGGCCUGGCCGGCGGCGUGCCCCUGCUGCCCCCCGCCGAACUGGCGCGCCUGUCUCUCGGCCUCAACUUCCUGGGCCCGCCGAUGACGCUGCCGCACAAGCCGGUGGCCGUGUCCGCGCCGCCCGCGCCGCCCGCACCGCCCGCCGUCAGCAUGGCCGAGUCGCUGAGCACGUCGCUGACGACGCUGCCCAGGACCAUCUCCUCCAAGGACAAGGGCCGCGGCUUCAGCAUCGAGUCCCUGAUCGGCACCUCGACGCACGGCCAGCACGGCCAGCACGACGCCCUGGUGCCGCCGCCCCACAAGCGGCCCGCCCUGGAGCGCCACCACCACCACCACAUGCCCGCCGUGACGAGGUCCUUGGACUCGGCCUUCUCGCCCAUGUCCGUGUCGGCCUGGGCCCGGUGAGACUGCCCGGCCGCCCGGCCGCGCGUCAGGUCCCGGAUGGUCCCGGAGGGCUGAGGGGUCGACUUUGACUGUGAUGCAUCCCAUGGGAUCUCGACGAUUCGUUCUUUAUCGAGUGACAACGGCCCGUCCGCCGUGUUAGAGAACUUUUUCCUCCGAGUAUUAGCCGUGUUUUUAUUAUUUAUUUUUAGUUUGCUUCCGCGAAGGGAGUCCGCUUGUAGUUGUUGUUAUUGACGUCGUUACUCGAAGCUAACGCACAUCUGCCCGCCGCACCCGGGUUCAUAAGUGGGGCGACAAGUCCGUGGAGAUACGAAAAAUGCUGAAACUCUCCUGAACUCAUAGUGACUGCUGGGAGUGAUUGUAUUUAUUACUUAAAUAUACGUUAAUUCUCUGUGAUUUUACUAUAUCAUUUCUGUUAAUGUUGUUGUCCUUGCGCCCUGCGCAUUGAAUGUGAGGUUCCUAUGUUUUUAUUAGUUUAUGUUACCUUUACUUAAUACUGUUUUCGUUUCCUUCCCUCUUUAUUUUCAAGCGCGUGUGCUUCGUCUUCUUUUCUUAGAGCAGUAGCAGUGCGGUGUUGUAUUGUUUUUCUAUGUGAUCGAUCCAUGGUGUUACGCCGCCCGUUGUGACCAAAGAUAUUGUCAAAGAAUGUUGAUUAUACUCAUAAUUUAUUAUCUGAUGGAUCUUAUUGUAAGUCAUGGCUCGGAAUUUGACCUCGUAUCUGAAAGAGAAUGUUGUAUUUGCUUUGUUUGCUUUCGGCCCCGGAACAAGGUAAAUUUAAUUGGUUAGUCGUUGUUGAAUGCAAUAACGUGUAUUUCGUCUCAAAAAAAUUCUCUUCCAUUUCCCGUGUGUAAUCCCCUUAAGACAUCUUCAGAUUAAAAUUGUAACGUUUCCACCACUCUAGAUCUUUCUUUGACAGAAAUCAACUCAGUCAGAAUUAGUUAAAGAAACGAAUCAUAUAUUUGUGUACGAAUGUAAGAUCCACCGUUAAAAUACAAAUUAUGUAUAUUCUUGUAAAUAUUAAAUGUAUAUGGAAUUAUAUAUAGGAGAAACGAAAACAUUAUUAGCGUAAUAAAUGAAUUGUUUCCAUUUCUAAA